GCGUUAUCAAGAGUGAUCUGCCUGACUUACUAGAGUGGGCGCUCGUCCGCAUUAGGAAGACUUGGUUCGUGUUCCAUUCUGAACCAACUCAGGUUUCCUUUGCACCUUCACCUUCAUUGCUUCAAUAACAGCAUCGGGAAUGUCCCUACCUAGCAAUCGACAAACCUAGAUUUAAUGUGCUAUAUGCUUAAGACCACGAUCAUUACCUGCUUUCUUCUAAUGUCUACUUGUCACCUCACAAUGGUCCUGGCGGGACCUAAUUCUAAUCAAACACAUACCUGCUCGCCGGGUCGAACUGUUAGGUCACCCGAGUGCUGCAAAUGGUUUCAUAUAUUGGACGACAUCCAAGCGAACCUUCUCGAAAAUGAAUGUGGUCCAGAGUCCCAUGAGUCAUUACGCAUCAUAUUCCAUGACGCUAUUGGAUUCUCAAAAACAGGGCUAUUCAAUGGAAGCUUUGCCGGGGGCGGUGCAGUAAUAACCGUUGUAGAUGGUUCGAUAAUGAUAAACGCCGAUGUCGAGUUGAACUAUAAGGAAAACGCUGGCCUGGACGAGAUGAUUUAUGAACAACGGGACUUCGCAGUCAAGCAUAGUGUAUCUUUUGGAGACUUCAUCCACUUCGCAGGCGCAGUAGGUGUAUCCAAUUGCAUGGGCGGCCCAAGGCUACAGUUUCUCGCGGGCCGGGCAAAUAUUUCUCGACCAGCUCCGGAUUACAUGAUCCCUGCUCCUUUCCAUUCAGCAGACCAGAUCUUCGCUCGUAUGGAGGAUGCUGGGUUCUCCCCGGAGGAAGUGGCCCAACUCAUGGCGGCCCAUAGUGUUGGAGCUCAACACCUCAUCGAUCCUACUGUGAACAACGCACCUCUUGAUUCAACACCGGAAGACUUCGACGCACAAUUCUUUGUCGAGACAUUACUUGAAGGUACUGAACCUGUAGGUAACGGCACUGCCCUUGGUGAACGCAGUUCGCCUAUACCUGGCGAGUUCCGAUUGCAAUCCGAUAUUGUCCUGGCCAGAGAUAUAAGAUCUGCUUGCGAAUGGCAAUCGUUCAUCACUGAUCAAGAUGCCAUGAUUGAGAAGUUCCAGCGUGUUAUGGCGAAACUUUCAACACUUGGUCAAGAUACGGACAAACUUACCGAUUGCUCAGAGGUCAUUCCCGUACCAAGCAGAGUAAAUCGUCUCGCGACGCUACCACCAGGAAAGUCAAGAGGUGAUGUCCAAGCAGCAUGCUCGGCUACUCCAUUUCCAGCCAUCCCCACUACACCCGGUCCAGUUACAUCGCUACCCCCAGUACGGCAUAAGUAUCCACAUCACUAAUAACAUUGCCAAACGCACCUAUAUUGUAUUUUCAACUCGUCAUAUUGUACAAGCAACAAAAGCGUCCUUCAGUAUGAUACAAUGUUGUAGGGGUAUCAUCACCUCGUAAUCAUGAUCAACUCUCUCUCAAGCAGC